CAUCCUCCCUACUCGCUAACCAAUGCGUCAUCCUCUGCAGAAUCAAACCAGACAAGCAUGGAGAUUUCAAAAGAUCACCAGGCAUACAAGCUUCUGACAGUUCUUUUGUUCUCUUUCGCAAACCUGGCUUUGCCUUUUCCAUUUGAGUUUCAACAAGGUAGCAGACGAUGGCACACGACUUCAGAUGUUAGAGAGGUUGCAGGAAAGUACUAUGAUUACAUUGUUGUUGGGGGAGGCACUGCUGGCUGUCCAUUAGCCGCAACUUUGUCUGAGAAAUUCUCUGUGCUUCUGGUAGAGAGAGGUAGCUCACCGUAUGAGAAACCCCUAGUGGUUGAAAAGCGAUACUAUGGUUUCCCAUUACUGAACACAGACGAAUAUACGUCAGUAGCACAAAGCUUCACAUCCGAGGAUGGGAUUAGCAAUGUACGAGGAAGAGUACUUGGAGGAUCAUCAGCCAUAAAUGGGGGCAUCUACAGCAGAGCUAGUGAAGAAUACGUUAAUAAAUCUGGUUGGGACAAGAAACAAGUGAGAGAUGCCUACGAGUGGGUGGAAUCUAAGGUUGUCUUUCCACCUGUGUUUCUCUCUCCUUGGCAAUCAGUAGCAGAAUUCAGCCUUCUUGAAGCAGGGAUUUUACCAUAUAAUGGGUUUAGUUUGGAACACAUCAGAGGAACCAAGAUUUCUGGGAGUGUAUUUGAUGGAUUUGGAAAGAGACACACCUCAGCUGACCUUCUACAGGCUGCCAACCCAAAGACACUCACAGUUCUUCUAAAUGCAACAGUCAAAGGCAUAAUCUUUUAUCACAAUGGUAACAACAAUGAUACAAGAGCUCGUGGCAUAAGGUUCAUCCAGAGCAAUGGCAGCCUAGAAGAAACCCAUGAAGCCUACAUAAACAAACACAAGAACUCAAGUUCAUGGGGCGACAUAAUAUUAGCAGCAGGGGCAUUGGGUAGUCCUCAACUGCUGCUGCUAAGUGGGAUUGGACCAUAUCAGCAACUAAGAAAGUUCAACAUCUCACCGGUGCUUGAGUUACCAGGGGUAGGACAGGGAAUGCAGGACAACCCCUGCAUAGCAAUAUUAGUAGAUACUAAGCCAGGGAAAUGGCUGCCAGACCCGCCACUUGUAGCAGGCAUAGCAGAUGACAUGAAAAUCAUAGUUGAAGCAGCAAUACAGCCCCUAACUGCCAAUUCAACAAGGAUCAAUGUUGCUGCCAAACUAGCAUCCCCCUACUCAAAAGGGAAGCUUGAACUGAAGAACAAAGACCCAAGACUAAACCCUGUAGUGAAAUUCAACUAUCUAGCAAGCGAAAAGGAUAUGGAAGCGUGUGUGAAGAUGACCAAGUUACUGUAUAGAAUUGCAAGGACUAAGUCUAUUGCAGUUUUCUUCGGAACGGGAAGCCUGAAGAAAGUGACAUCUACUGAAUAUGAUCUGAGAAAUUUCUGCAGAAAAAAUGUAAGAACGUUCUAUCAUUAUCAUGGGGGUUGCAGGGUUGGAUCAGUCGUUGACAGGCACUACAGGGUUUAUGGCGUGAAGGCACUGAGAAUCAUAGACGGCUCAACAUUCUCGGAGUCUCCGGGCACAAACCCAAUGGCAACCCUGCUCAUGCUAGGUAGGUAUCAAGGAAAAAAGAUCCUCCAAGAAAGAGAAAAAGUUUCUGAUCUGAAAUCCAAAUAAAAACGUUCCUUUCUUGAUUCUGUGUAAAGCAGAUUAUGGAUCACAAUAAUUUAUCACUCAGGAUCCCAAUCGAAUAGACUGGACCUUGUGAAUUUAUCAACAAUGUUUGAAAUGAACGGUUUAUAAUUCUGUA